AUGGAAGCGAUUGAAUUUAUAAAGAAACGCGGGGACCGAUCAGAGCUAUAUGUUAUUUCUUCUUUUUCUUAUUCUUCUUUGUGCCGUGUCACUUCAGAACCGGCAAGAAAAGCUGCAUCGAAACAUUGGCCCGACAUGUGGAAGAAAAGUUGCUACAAUUUUGUCACGGAAUUCGACGAAGAAACCAGCCCUCUCAACCCGAACGGAAAUAUUUUGGCCAAAAUGCAGACGUCAGCUGCUUCUUGUUUGAUUGUGAGCAUAAUUGACUUAAUUACAGCAACAGUGGUGGGGAUAGUAGCCAUUUUGAAGCGGCAAGUGGCGCUGUGUAUGGUCACAGGAACCCUGUAUAUGAUGGCUGGUAUCUUCGGCGUUUUCACUCUGGUCAUUAUCUACACGAAGACGGCAUACGAAAUAGACGAGUGCUUUGCGUUCGUCCCCAUUCCGCAAGACUUGUGCAAAGCCCUGUCAGAGAAUCUAUCUAUCUAUCUAUCUAUCUAUCUAUCUAUCUAUCUAUCUAUUCCUUUUGUGAAUAAUUAUCGUACCCAAUUUAAAUGUGCAAGUGUGAGCUCUCUCUCUCUCUCUCUCUCACGGAUAUUCUUCUUCUUUCUAUUUUCUCCCUCACUCUUUCACUCUGAGUCACACCUAGAAACACCAGACUUGAUAUCGUUGAAAAAUCAGCCUGACCGCUGCUGUUACAUGACCGCUGCUGUUACUUUCACUGCGAUAUACGCAUGA